ACCCCCGCACCCCGUACCACUCUCCAGCCGCCGCCGUCGGGGCAGCUCCCGCGGGGGUGGCGGGGGCCGCGGCCUCUGUGGGCAAUGACACUCGGGGCGCCGGAGGCAGUGGGGACAAACGCCAGCUGGUGUACGUGUUCACCACGUGGCGCUCGGGCUCGUCCUUCUUCGGCGAGCUGUUCAACCAGAACCCCGAGGUGUUCUUCCUCUACGAGCCAGUGUGGCACGUGUGGCAAAAACUGUACCCAGGGGACGCCGUUUCCCUGCAGGGGGCAGCGCGGGACAUGCUGAGCGCUCUCUACCGCUGCGACCUCUCCGUUUUCCAGUUGUAUAGCCCCGCGGGCAGCGGGGGACGCAACCUCACUACGCUGGGCAUCUUCGGAGCAGCCACCAACAAGGUGGUGUGCUCGUCGCCGCUCUGCCCCGCCUACCGCAAGGAGGUGGUGGGGCUGGUGGACGACCGCGUGUGCAAGAAGUGCCCGCCGCAGCGCCUGGCGCGCUUCGAGGAGGAGUGUCGCAAGUACCGCACGCUGGUCAUCAAGGGCGUGCGGGUCUUCGACGUGGCCGUGUUGGCGCCGCUGCUGCGAGACCCGGCGCUGGACCUCAAGGUCAUCCACCUGGUGCGCGAUCCCCGUGCCGUGGCCAGCUCACGCAUCCGCUCUCGCCACGGCCUCAUCCGCGAGAGCCUGCAGGUGGUGCGCAGCCGGGACCCGCGAGCCCACCGCGUGCCCUUCCUGGAGGCCGCCGGCCACAAGCUGGGCGCCAAGAAGGAGGGUGUGGGCGGCCCGGCGGACUACCACGCGCUCGGCGCUAUGGAGGUCAUCUGCAACAGCAUGGCGAAGACACUGCAGACGGCCCUGCAGCCCCCUGACUGGCUGCAGGGUCACUACCUGGUGGUGCGGUACGAGGACCUGGUGGGAGACCCCGUCAAGACACUACGGAGGGUGUACGACUUUGUGGGGCUGCUGGUGAGCCCCGAAAUGGAGCAGUUUGCCCUCAACAUGACCAGCGGCUCGGGCUCCUCGUCCAAGCCGUUCGUGGUGUCUGCACGCAAUGCCACGCAGGCCGCCAAUGCCUGGCGGACCGCCCUCACCUUCCCGCAGAUCAAGCAGGUGGAGGAGUUUUGCUACCAGCCCAUGGCCGUCCUGGGCUAUGAGCGGGUCAACAGCCCCGAGGAGGUCAAAGACCUCAGCAAGACCCUGCUUCGGAAGCCCCAGCUCUGAGAGGGGUUCCAGGGAGAUUGUUGCCCUGUGGAGACACCCACAGAGAUUGUGGCCUGUUGGAACAAACACAGCCCAGACCCAAACUGAGGAAGCCCACAUAUCCUGUUAUAGACAAAUAAUAUAAAUACCACGCAGGCACUUGCUGUCAGUGUUUCAAGUCACUGAAUUUCAAGGGACAGCCACAACACACACACACAUCUCAGAAAAGGCACGACUUGAAAGCUCUGACCCGCUCUGGACCCCUCUCCCCUGCCUUUCCCCCACCCGCUCCUCUCUCAUUUCUUACCUUCUCCUCCACCUGCCUUCCAUUCUCAAGUGGAACGUUGAGGAAAUCAAGUUCCAGUGACCCAGAUCUUGUUUACAAAAUUGUCGUGGUAUCUGUGAACGUGUCAGAGUAAUUUGGAUGUGGGGUUGGGGUGGGGUGGAGAAAGGGGGGCUGGUGUAGGAACAAAAAGCCCUACUGGGCAUGACAAACCAAGGAGGCAUUCUUCUAAAGUAGACUUUUGUGUAAAAAGCAAAGGUGACACGUGAGUGUUAAUAAAGAAGAUAAUAAAUAAUGUUCUUUUUA